AUGUCCCCAAACACAUUCAAUGUCGCCGUAGUUGGCCUUGGUGCCCUCGGCAGCGGAGCAGCCUACCACGCCGCCAUCAAAGGCGCCAGCGUCAUCGGCUUCGAGCAAUAUGAGUUUGGCAACGUUUACGGCUCAUCCCAUGACACAUCUCGUAUUGUCAGAACAUCCUAUGGAUCACCAGACUACGUGGCCCUCGCUCGCGCAGCCUACAAGGACUGGGCUGAGCUCGAGCGUCGCAGCGGUCUUCAAAUGCUGACCAUCACCGGCGGCGUGGCAUUCUUUCCCAAGACCCUCACCCCCGAGAGUGAAAUGAACGAGUUUGAGAAGACUAUGACCGUUGGGGAGUUUGCAAGGAGUUUGGAUGUGAGCGGCAUUCCAUAUGAGCUGCUUGGCCCUGAAGAGGUCAUGAAGCGAUGGCCGGCUUUCAACAUCCCCGAUGGUGUUCAAACGAUAUACACUGCAGACUCAGGUAUCGUGCACGCAUCAAAGUCAGUUGCGGCAAUGCAAUAUCAGGCUCGUGCCAACGGAGCAGUACUGAAGGAGAAGACGCGCGUGGAUGCAGUUAUCCCCAACAAGAAUGGAAAGGGCGUGACACUAGAGACAUCCAAGGGUCGUUUCUAUGCCGACAAGGUUAUCUUGGCUUGCGAUGCGUGGAUCAACAAGCUUCUUGCACCUCUGGGCGCAGAGAUCCCACUGACGGUUAUGCAAGAACAAGUCACAUACUACAAGCCAGCUGAUCUCAAGCCCUUUGACGAGACCAAAUUCCCUGUCUGGAUCUGGGCCGGAGAUCGAUAUUACUACGGAUUCCCCAUGUAUGGCGAGCCAGCUAUCAAAGCAGGUCGCGACACAUCGAACAAUUUCAUGACGCCCGAGAACCGCACAUUCGUUCCCUCGGAAGAUUUGUUCAACGAGUUGACAUCGUUCAUGGGUAAUCUUAUCCCUGAACGGGGUGAGCCACUGCGAACUGUCACAUGCCAAUAUGCGAUUACACCUGAUCGACAAUUUGUGAUUAGUCCAUUGAAGAAUCACCCUGAUAUCAUUAUCGGACUGGGUGGUGGUCACGCCUUUAAAUUUUCGCCAGCUAUUGGACGUGUUCUUGCGGAGCUUGCGAUAGAUGGGUCGACAAAGGAGGAUAUCUCCAACUUUGGCAUUCCUAGAUCGGCAGCUGAGAGUAAACUGUAG